AUGGUGUACAAUCCCCAACACUUCGAUCAUCACCACCCAUCGGUAGUGGAAGCAACAACAACAACAGCACCAUCAUCAUCAUCAUCAUCGUCGGCACCAUCAACAACAACAACAACAUCUGCCGAAACCUCCGCUAGUCCUACUGCUGCUUCCUAUGAACAAAGCAAAGAGCUGGAGUCCAUCGAUGAUUGUAGUAGUAAUAGUAGUAGAAAUAAUAACAACAACGAUUCACCUGCUUCUUCGCCAACAGGCACAUCCGCCAACACGCCGUCGUCCUCAAUGCUCUUUGGGGCCCCGGUCUUCGUAGGUCAUUCGCCGCACUCAGCAGCAGCUCAGAAUGAACCGGUUGUUGUUCAGCAGCAGCAGCAAGUGUUGGUAAAGUCGUCGCUGGGUUCCACCACUACGAACGCCAUCAUCGGUCGAAGUCGCAUCGCGGCCGGAGUGGCCCCAGAAGAGCAGAAACAACCGUUGCACACUCAGUCACAUUCCAAUGACGGUACCGAGAGCACCACUGCCAGUAGUAAUAGCAUUCGAUUAGCAGCAGCAGCAGGAGGAGCCCAUCAUCUUCAGCAGCAGCAGCAACAGUACUGCGGAUCGGGAACAACAACAACAACAACAGUAGGAGCAGCGGCCAAAGGAACAACCAUAGGAGCAGGAGGAGGAGGUGGUGGUUCGGAAAAGUAUGCCGCGAUCGCCCUCGGUGCUGGUGUUAGUGCUGGAACCAGUGCCAGUGGUGGUGUCGAUAGCGAGCUAACGCGAUCCUCAGCGCUCGUUGUUCCUUCGGGGGAAACCAACAGUUAUAGUGAGAUUGGUUGGAAAUUAAAGAAAAACACUUCAAGUGCUUCUUCUUCCGCGAGUCCAAAUAAUAAUAGUAGUAAUAAUAAUAGCAGUAACGGCAGCAGCAGCAAAAUGGUUGCAGCUAGUGCUGAAGAGAUUACUUAUGAGAAGAGUCGGUUUGUUGGGGUCAUGGGAAAUACGGCCGACGGUGGCCCUCUGGAUGUGGACACCACAGAAGAACUAAAGUACGGUCCUGGGAUAGUGUCAAAAUUGCGGUGCCGAUAUUUGAGUCUGGCCCUGAGGCAAUCGGUCAAUAAGCAGCGGCCCUCGUUGAAUAGCAUGCGCCGGGCCACCAGCUUGAAUAAUCUGCUGGACGAGGAAAGUGAAGAUUUGAGCGAACGGGAGCAAUCGAUCGACGGGAAGGACUCGUCCCAGGAUAAGUCCUAUCACGGCCGAAACGGUCGCGACUAUUCACAGAGUCAUGUGAAUCUUCAACAUCAACAGAAAGCCAAAACUCCCGAUGAGUACAUUUCGACGUUCCAGAAAAACGUGCAAAACAGUUAUACGCGAAGUGGCCGACAGACGGAGAAGAAAAAUGAGCACAAUCGUUACAAUAAACAGCGUGGUGCGGAUUCGCUGAAACGGGCACGAUCAGUUGAGGCGCUGGUGCGCUACGAUCACAAAGCCUGGGAGCGCGAUAUACAGAAGGAAAAUUUGUACAGCAGCAAUGACAGCAAUGUGAUCAUUUUGGAUGAGAUUAGCAACGGCAACGGGAUCAACACCAACGGUGGCAGCAACAAUUGCCAAACGGUGGCGAUGAGCAAAGCUGAUCUGAUCGUGGACUGCGUAACGAUCGAGGAAAAAAUCAUAAACGGUCGGGAGAAAGGUGAUCCCAAGCCUAAACGGCUGACCUCCUACAUCGAUGCCGAUGAGCGUCCGCCCCCAGAUGUGGUCAAGCAGACGAUGAAAUUGUUCGAAGCCAACGCCAAUCGAAGAGGACGAACCGUUGCCAGAACUAACGGUGCUGCCGGCGAGGUUGCUGCUAAGGUCAAUUUAUUCGCCAACUACAAGACCAUCAUCUCCCAGGAAAAACCGCCAAUCACUCAUCCCAAGCCGCCGCUUAGCCCCAAGAAGCCAAAUAUUAUUCCGCGAUCAACUAGUCCCAAAUCGAACGGUACUUUGAACGGCAAUGGUUUAGCAAAACCCGACAAGCCGAAUCUGCCAAAAUUGGACAUCAACACCAUUCGCCACAAUCUGGAGUCGACCAAUAAUCUGAAAAAUUCGGCAACCCCGCCAACAACUCCAUCGUCUAACGCAUUCGGCGGAUCAAUCCAAAACAACACAUCAACGCCGUUAUCAGUGCGCGUCGAAUCGUCAACGACGACUUACCGUCUCAAGAAUAAUGACUCACCCGCCUUAUCGCCCAACGCCGUCGUUCCAGCAGUUCAAUACAAAAUUAAUUCUACCACGACGACAAUCACGACUCAGCCGGAGAGUCCUCGUAGCUCAGCUUCGCCGUCUUAUAUGCAAAACAACAACGCAAACAGUACUGUUCACCCGUUCGCUGAAUCACCAUCUAUCCAGGCACUGGCAAGCAAACUGAGCGGCCUCAGUAUCACGACUUCUACCCCGACUAGCACACGCUCACCGACACCAUCUGUGGAAUCGGCUGUCCCGCCACAGGUCCCGCCCCGGAAUAUCGGGCUCCAGUACGCCACCAGCGAAGAGGACACCGACGACGAUCCGGACGAUCGCCAGUGUGAGUACUCGAUCAAUAGUGAACGCGGAAGUGACGGUAGCCAGGCGGAUGACCUUGAACUGGACGAAGAACCAGACUCGCCCAAGAAGAUAUCCCGUAGCGCGAUGGACAACAUCGCCAAGGCGGGCGUUACGACGCAAUUCCGUUUCAACAACGGCCAACCGAGCAAAUCCCAUCUGCCAAGCCUUGGCACUGGCAACAGCAACAACAACACCAACAACGCUGCCGCAAAACUGCUCUCCAGCAAAAAGCUGAACGUGGACGACCACCAUCAUCAUCAUCAAUCUUCGAAUUCUUCCUCGACGUCGUCAUCGCCGAUCACAGUGCCAGCCGCCGCCGUGGUCACCCAGAAACCUCCGGUGCCACUGUCACGUGAAAGUCUUCAUGCAUCCAAGGUUUCCAGCAACAAUAACUCCCUCGUUAGUGUCUCCACUAGCAGCAGCAGCAAUCUAAAUAAUCUAAAUAGUAUCAAUGCCAAUAAUACUAGUGUUAAUAGCAAUAAGUCAGUGAUAAAUGAGGGCCAAGGGUCCAGUAGUGACGUGAAAACGGUAGUAAGCUUAACACCUCGGGAAAUCGAGAAGAAUCAAAUAAAUCUGGAAAAAAGUGAAGAAUCCAUCAUCAACAGUGCUGGAGCUGCUGCUAGUAGUGGUGGUGUUAGUGUGGGUGUAGCCAGUGCUAAGCCAAACAACCUUAGUGGUGUUAGUGGUGGGAUUGGUGGGUUAGAAAUCGGCGCUGGCGUCGACGGCCCCAAACCUGGAACAGCAACUGGGGCUGCUGCCGGUGACUUUUUCAUGGCGAAAUGGGGCGGCCAAUCUGCCGCAGCACCAGCUGCCACGGCGCCGGUGGUGGCCAAGAAAAAGGUCAAAGCUCCACCGCCGCCGAUAACCGAAACCAACACGAUGGUGUUCAACUUCAGUGAUCGAAAGGACGUGCCGGAUUACAUCGAAAACGAUGGAGUCAUACUGCGACCGAGACCGCGGGAGCUCCCGAAGCCCGGCGAGUCCGGUUUCGUCGUCCUCGGGGACCUCACCCUGGAGACGUCGACGGAUCCGGACGAUUCGUGGGUCAUGGGCCCACCGUCUCCGUGUGAUGUCGAGUUUGCCAAUGCCAACAUUGUGAUCAACGGUAAAUCCAGCCUGAGAAAUAAGACUAGUAGAGAUAGCAAGUUCAAAAUUCAAUUUGACGAUUCAUUAACCUCAACCUUCGAGUACCCGUCGGAGACGUCGCUGCUGGAGACGAACGAUUUCGAUGACGAGGCGACGCCAAUUUCGACGACGCCGACGUCCGUUGUGGAUGGUGGGGGUGGCGGAGGCGGCGGCGGCGGAGGUCUAGCAUUCGGUGAUAAUAGCCUGCUGUCGCACAAAAACAACCUGCUUUCGUCGAUGCCUUUGGCACAAGACAAAGGACUACUUGUGGCCAAACGCCAGGAAGCCACCGUUGUGCGUUUUUUGUGA